UUCAUUCCUCCAUCGAGUCAAAAAAAUUCGCAAAGAAAAAACUGUCAUCAUCUACUUCCAAUUUUUUUUCGACAAAUUCCCCAAUCUACUUAUCUGUCAUGGAAUCCCCAUUCUUCGGUAAUCCCUGGUACGACUACACUCCCCGCUCUCACUAUCGUUCACCGAGCAUGAGAGAAGUCCCAAUCCAACGCCCAGAUUACCCUCGCUAUUAUUCACUCAGAAACAGAGACGUCCCAGUCCAGCCCCAAUCGGCCCGGGCUCCCAAGGUGGUCUCAAUCCCGGUCCAACACGCCGGGUCGGAGCGUAGCGGGUCUGAUCUACGCUCCGAUGCGGCGCUGAAGAUCCAGAAGGCCUUCAGAGGGUAUUUGGUGAGGAAAAGCGUGAGCAAGAUCGCCGGGAUCAAACGCGAGGUGGAUGAGAUUUCGAAUCGAAUUUCGAAGAAGGAAACGGAAGAUUUGGUCAGAACCGACGCCAAGGAGCGGUUGAAGGUGGUCGAGACUCUGAUGAGCUUGCUCCUGAAAUUGGAUUCCGUCAAGGGAGUCGACUCCGGGGUUAGGGAUUUUAGGAGGGCGGUGAUUAAGAAGGCGAUUGCUCUGCAGGAGAGAGUGGAGGCCUCUGCGGCAAAUCAUCAAACACCUGGUGGGCAUGAAUCUGCUGAGCCUGAAACCAAUUUGGGUUUGCAAUCUUCGGAACAAAACGCCGAGACGGUUGUGAACCAGAGGGAAUCAUCUAGCGAUUCAACGGAGAGCAAGAAGAAAGAGGAGCUAAUAGAGAAGAUGGUGGAGGAGAAUGAGAAGAUGGUGGGUCUGGUGACGGAGCUGGUUCACCGGAAUGAAAAGCAAACCCGGCUGCUGGGGUCGCUGUCGCAGAGGGUGGAGCAGCUGGAGAGGGCUCUCAUCAAUCAGAGAUUGAGGAGGAAGAAGAGGAGACAUACUGUAGAUUGCAGGGAAGGAUUCUUCUAGAUUCUGAACAAAAAAAAAGUUGUUAUUUUUUGUUUCUCCACUGAAGGCUGAAAUAAUUGGUCUCUGCUGGCCUUAUGUUGCGACAGAGCACAUGACUCACGCAGCUUUUUGUAGCAUAUGUGUUGUUUAUGUUCACUAGUUGUUUUUGACCUAAUGAAGCCUCAUUAUGUUGAAACUUGAAA